GACUAUAAAAGUAAGAGCUUUUGGAAGAGUUCACACCUUCUGUCAAGUUCUCCUCUCACACGGUUGAUUGAAAGAGUUUGCUUUCUGCUCACAAUGAAGUUUUAUGGAGCUCUGAUCCUGUUUAUGACUCUGUCAGCAGCAUGGGGACUGAGAUGCUACGUAUGUGUGGGAAAACCCUGCAAAGACACAAUGACUUGUCCUGCAAACUUUGACCGUUGUACCUCCUUUGUGUUGAACGAUGUUGUCUACAAGAGUUGCAUCGACCGCUCUGCUUGUAAUGGACCCAUAAAGUGCUGUGACACAGACUUGUGUAACAGUGCUGUACCCACUGGUUCCAGUGUCCUCCUCCUGCUGGUAUCUUCAGGCAUCCUCACACUCUUUCUCUGAGGCUCUGGAGCAGCCACAGAUUAAGAGUAUCUGUCCUCUUUCUUCCUGAAUUUGUACAACUCAAAAGAAUAAACACAUUUUCAAUAUGUAAAAUCUGUAAAUGGCUGCAAAUUAAUGUCUGUUCAAUAAAAACACAAUAUGAUCGACCA